AGGUUGAAGAGAGAGACUCGGAAGAACUUUCGCUGAUCAUCUCCUCAAUAGUGAAAUAAAAUUAAACAAAUUAUCCCGUCUUAUAACUCUUAUAUUUAUAACCCGACUUUAAAAUAAUAAUAGUCGUCUUGUUGUCUCUAGUGAGUGAAUAUAAGCGUUAUUCAAUGAGAUAAACCCUGGAAUUUACGUGAUUUUAUAAAUAAUACCGACAUUUCAAGGUUAUGAUAACUGAGAAUGUAAUUAAAGUGAGCUUGGAAACACUGUGCGACAAUAAUAUUAUUUUAUUAUUUAUUAAAAGUUAUCAAUAAAAAGUGUUACAACAUCAAUAAGUUACUUUGGCCAUUAAGUAACAAAUUACUUAAUAAUAAUUCCUGUAAAAAGUGAUGAGCUCACAGCAAAGCCCAGCAGCUAUGCAGUCGAGUGUUGAUAGAGAAAAAGUUUACACCUGGAUAAUUGAACUGUCUAAUCCAGAGACUCGGCAAAAUGCCUUGCUUGAAUUGAGUAAGAAACGCGAAGUAGUACCGGACUUAGCGCCCAUGCUCUGGCAUUCUUUCGGUACAGCAGCCUCUUUAUUGCAAGAAAUAAUAAACAUUUAUCCGGCAAUAAAUCCGGCAACGCUUACUGCUCAUCAGAGCAAUCGGGUUUGUAAUGCGUUGGCAUUGUUACAGUGUGUUGCCAGUCAUCCAGAAACACGCUCUGCAUUUUUACAAGCUCAUGUACCGCUAUUUUUAUACCCAUUUUUACACACAGUCAGCAAGACACGUCCGUUUGAGUAUUUACGACUGACCAGCUUGGGUGUAAUUGGAGCACUGGUUAAAACUGACGAGCAGGAAGUAAUUACAUUUCUUCUGACCACUGAAAUAAUUCCUCUCUGCUUGAGAAUAAUGGAAAGUGGAUCAGAGCUUAGCAAAACCGUAGCGACUUUUAUUUUACAAAAAAUUUUACUUGAUGACAGCGGCUUGUCGUACAUUUGUCAAACUUACGACAGAUUCAGCCACGUCGCUAUGAUUCUUGGAAAGAUGGUCCUAUCUUUGGCUAAAGAUCCUUCUGCGAGAUUACUUAAGCAUGUUGUUAGAUGUUAUUUAAGACUUUCUGAUAAUCCUAGAGCGCUUUUAGCACUUCGUCAAUGUUUACCAGACCAAUUACGCGACAACACAUUCGCAACUUGCCUGCAAGAGGACAAAUCAACAAAACACUGGUUGAACCAACUGCUAAAAAAUUUAGAAACAGGACCAAUUACUCCGCAAACUGGUCCAACUCAAGCUGGACAGCCUGAUCCUCGGACAAUUGGUAUGUCGCCGCUUACGUCUUAGACCUUACGAAAGAACUGGUAAAUAAAUAAAUAA